GACGGCGGGCAGAAGAAGUAGAAAACAUUUUCUACUGGAAUGUUUAAACUGUCAAUUAGAGUGGGUAUCGCAAAAUCCAACCGUUGUUUAUUUCUCCUUCACGUGGGCAAACUUUAUCUUUAAUUCUAUGGUAAUCAGUUGUGUAUUGUGUUGUGGUAUUUUAUUUCGUGUUGAGACUUGUACCGCACACUUCUUAUUCUAAAAACGUUCAGUUGUAUUGCUUUGGCGUAGUGACGAGAAUAAAAUCAGUGAAAUUAAAUUGAAAUUGAAGAUCACCAUGCAUAAAACCAAGCGGCAUAAAGUAAGAAAAAACAUGAAAAUACAUUUUUUCAAUAACAAAGUAAAGAAUAUGAAUCAAUCGAAGGAGUGUAACGUUUGCUAUGAAAAACUCGAUCAUUUCGAUUCGGAUGAUCAGGAAGAAAUGGCAGAUCCUGAUGUGCAAGCAAACACGGACGAAGCCGACAGUAUCAACACAUUGUGGAACAUUCACGAUGAACUCAAUAAGUUGAGAGGCCACAUGUCAUCGCACAAUCUGCACUUAUCAGAAUCAGACAUCGUGCAGAAGAUCAAUUUCGAGGAGACCAGCGGCGGGCAUGCCCUGCCACGCUCCUAUAUCGUCGUUCGCAUCGCGGCGGAUAUUCCUGAACGCACCCUCGUUUGGCUCGUGGAUCGCAUCAAGGGUAAACGACGCGAUGGCGGCGCUGAAUUGAUCGUGAUGCGGCAGCCAUAUAAUAUCAAAGAUGGGAUUGUUUUGCACAUAUCAGCAUCACAGAUUAAAUUCCUCGAAGCGGCCGAGGAGAUGGAGAUUGUCAAGAUGGAUAAACACGGUGUGAUGCGCGAGUUUGUCGUCAAUGAUUUAGAAGAGUUUCUUGCUGAAGGCAUGCACACUGAGGAUCUGCUGACGGUCACCGAACGCCAGAAGAUUGUGCGCCACGAGCUGGAAAAUAUACGAGCGCUCGCCGAGGACAAUUUCAUUCCUGGAUAUCCAAACAUCGAUCUCUACGAGGGGCAGUCUGUAUUGCAGGUGUGUCUUGGUAAGGGCAUCGUCAGCAAAGUAUAUCCGCUGCAUGAUCGUGAACUGCUGAAGAAACUAGGACAUAGUUGGUAUUUAACGUUUUUUAGGACACAACCAUUUGCCGAAAUCCGUGAAUAUUUUGGUGAAGCCAUAUGCCUCUACUUUACAUUCUUGGGCUUUUAUACCACCGCGCUGCUGAUACCAUUGUUCCUCGGUUGUGUGCAACUGCUCAUUGGAGCCGAGGCCGUGCCGUUCUUCUGUGUGUUCAACGUGGUGUGGGUCACCGUUUUCCUCGAGGUCUGGAAGCGCAAGUCGAACGAAUUGGCCUUCCAAUGGGGCACAAUCGGAAUGACGAGUAUGGAUGAACCACGGCCUAACUUCCAAGGCCACAUGGCUAUUGAUGAAGUCACGGGCAAGAUGUCACCGCAAUAUCCACGAAUCAAAACCAAUUUUAAGAUGUAUUGUGGAUCUUUACCGAUUGUGGGUUUGUGUCUCCUUGGAGCUUUCUUCAUUAUGCUGUCCUCAUUUUGGGCGGAAGCGUAUCUCAAACAAUCUGAAUGGGAAUGGGCCCCAAUUUUGGUCCCGCUGCCUAGUAUUGUCUACACGUGCUUGGUAUUCCUCAUGGAUUCAUAUUAUCGACGUCUAGCUACAUAUUUAACCGAAUGGGAAAAUCAUCGAACACAAUCACAAUACGAUCGCCAUCGAGUGACAAAAUUAAUUCUUUUUGAGUUUGUGAAUAAUUUCAUGUCGUUGUUCUACAUUGCGUUCAUCUUACAAGACAUGGACAUGUUGCGCAGUCAGGUAGCAACGAUGCUGAUCAUCACGCAAGCGAUCAACAACGUGCAGGAAGCGAUAAUUCCUUUAGUGAUUAAAUUUUAUCACGUCAAGGUGCUGGAGAUUCAGAACAUCAUUUCGGGCGUACCGAAGCGCGCGGAGCUGCAGAAGACUGGGCGACCCACCCUUCAGCGUGAGUAUAGUGAAUAUGCACCGCUCGCGGCGGUGCCGGAAAUUCCCGAAGACGAUCAGCGGAUUAAGGAUGCAGACGAGGAAGGUGAUUUGGAUGAUUACGAAGGAACUUACGAUGAUUACCUGGAGAUGUUUAUACAAUUUGGCUAUGUGGUGUUGUUUUCGUCCGUGUAUCCAAUCGCUGCCUUUUGGGCUGUGUUCAACAACGUGCUGGAGAUUCGAGCGGACGCGUUCAAGCUGUGCGUCGUCUAUCAGAGGCCAAUGGGGAAAAGGGUCAAGGAUAUAGGCGCCUGGCAGAAAGCGUUUGAGGCUCUCGGCGCCUUAUCGAUCAUGACCAACUGUGGCUUGCUCUGCCUCUCUCCACAAGUACGCGCCUACCGACCCGAAUAUUCCGAAGUCGGAUGGGUGCUGCUCUUCGUGAUUCUGGAGCACUUCUUGCUCGGAUUGCGGUACUUGCUGCAUAUUGCCAUCACGGACAAACCGCAAUGGGUACGCGUGGCCCUCGCGAAGAAGAACCACGAGUCUCGUCAAGCGUUAAAAUUCGAGAGGGCUGUGAAGAAUCGCCGGAUUCUAACGCGCAAGUUCAAAACUGUGCAUGGUCCACACAAAAACUAAAUCAAUUCCCGUAUUUCUAAUGAGAUGAUAUGAUGAUGUAGUAUUAUAAACUUUGUUUUAGGUGUGAAUGGAUACGGGGUUGUUGGUGGUUGUAGAAUGGCCGCACUCGGUACGGAAUAUCUGAAUAUGUAGAAGAGUGUAAACCGGUAAUCGCUCGUUUAGUACUACAUCAAUCUAUCUGUCUGCAUAGACACUCGCCACGCUUGCCUCCCUGAAACUUCCAUUCUCAUAUCCCGUUCGCCCAUCGAUGGCGGCGUUCCGGGUGCGCGCACAGCACCACCCAGCUUGAAAUCCAAUUUGUGCGUGUGCCACGUUUGGAAGCGCGAAACCGUUGCGAAAUGGGUAUCCUGCAAUUCGGGAAAUUAUUUCCCACUUUAAACAUCAUCCACUCCCCCGUUCGGGACCAGCAGGAAUCACUUGGUACGAGUACACAUCAAAUGGAUAGAGUAAUAACAUUGGUUCUUUUUAGAUCUCGGUGAUUUUUUCCGCAUUGGAAUUGAAGGAAAUGGCAACUAAGUAAGUUCUCACUAAGUUCAUUUGCAUUUGCCUACUCGUACUUUGGAAAGAGCUUUCAGGACUUGGAGUGGAUGAAAGUUCACAAUUUGAACACCCGGAAAAACCUAAUCGGCAUUGUGUUUGCUCCCGACGGGAUAUUAAUCAUAACCAGUGUGCUCUGUAACUUUAUAUUUACGAGCAGUAAUUAUUUUAAUUAAAACUCGAUCUGCGGUUGACUGGCCCCGGCCAAAAUGAAACGA